UUCAGACCUUCAUGAUCCUGAAGGUAAUCAGCUCACUUCCAAUGGGACCUCUGAUUUCCAUUCAGAAACUCAAGUUGAAUCUUUUUCAUUUAACUGCACUUGGGGGUCAAUUUUUAGAAAGUUGGAUUUAAGGGAAAACAAUGACAACUACACUGCGGGCCGGCCUGUUACAGACCACCGUCAUUUGACCAGAGUUGACAUUGACAUGAAAAUAUUUGGAAUUCUAGAUGUGAGAGAAGCUGACCAAAUGUUUGUGUCCUUCAUCUGGGUUAAAAUGAGUUGGAACAAUGAGUACAUUCAGUGGGAUCCAGAUCAGUUUUGUGGACAGAAGCAUAUUUUGGUUCCCACAAAAUAUUUAUGGAUGCCAGAUCUGACAAUUGAAGAGAUGACAGAGCGGGAUAAAACUGCCCCGAGCCCUAAUCUCAACAUCCGACAUGAUGGCUGGGUUGACUACAGAAAUGGCCAAGUGGUGGAGAGCACCUGUGCGAUGGACGUUUUCAGAUUUCCAUUUGACAUUCAGGCCUGUCAAAUCUCCUUCAAAUCCAUCACAUAUUCUGAUGAGGAACUAAGUUUGGUCUACAAUAGAAACAAAACAGGCCUCACAAGAAACAUUCGUAAAACAAUCCAAACACAAUCUGAAUGGAGUUUCCACAACUUCAAAGUCCAUGAAGAAACUGUUGAUUAUUUUGGCUUCAAUCAGACGGUGAUUGUUUACACUAUCACCCUGAAGAGACUGUCAGAUCGUUAUGUUGCAAACUUCCUGGUGCCCGUUUUCUUCUUAUUGUGUCUGGACUUCGCCUCCUUCCUUGUGUUAGACACCAGUGGCGAGAAGAUUGGUUUCAAGGUCAACAUGCUCCUCGCCAUGACCUUAAUGCAGGUUAUUCUCAAUGAGAUUCUGCCCCCGUCCACAGGAAGUGUUCCUCUUAUAGGGCGCUACUGCGUUGGGAUCUUUACUCUGAUGAUGCUGAGCCUCCUAGAAACCAUUUUAGUGAUCUAUUUGAAGAACAAAGACCAAAUUUAUAUAUCCAUAAACGAUGAAAACCAGAAACUGAAUGAGAAUCUAGAGGAUAAACGGAGUUCACUCCAAUGCUGCUGUAGAGGAAUGAAUAAAUGGAUUCACUCUGCAUCAGCUGAAGAUACUGCUAAAGAAGAUCAGUAUUUUCCUAAAGAGGGUAGCAGCGGUCCCCACACCGAGGUGUCUCUGGUAUUGGAAAAAGUCCACGAGGAGCUCGGUGAAAUUAGGAAAUUCCAAUCUCUGCUUAACAGCAGGACGGCCGGCUACUGGACCAGCAUGGCUGAAAAAAUCAACAAAGCUUUUAUCGUUUUCUACAUUGUAGUGGCUGUUGUGUCUAUGAGUUUCAUUUUUACUGUGUGGAUAUUAGGUGAUGAAUAACAAGGACUCAAAUCACUAACAGGACAAAUUGCAUGUGUACCAAUACAGCACAAGGUUAAUUACAUUACUUGUGAAAAUGUAAGUGUCAAUGCUUCAAAUGGUUGCUAAAAGUGCUGAAGCUUUUUGUUCGAUGCUAAAAUAUCUAAAGUGGUUGAUCUUUCACCACAGCUAUGAAGAUUACACUCAACUUCAGGUAGCUCAGUACUAUCAGUGAGUUUGGUUUUUCAUGUAUAGAGGAAACAAAGUCUGAUUAGUGUCUCAAUUGACCCCAACAUAAAGGCUAAGCGUACAUCAGCCUUGGACCAAAUUAAUUGCAUCUUAUAAAUAUAGCAGGUAAACCCCCUUUUGAGCACCGUAACGGUUAGAAGUAGGUCUGACACAUUGAAAAUUGGGGUUCAAUUCCCAGGGGGCAUAAAGAGCAGUUCCAGUGUGGAUUUACUAGGCUACUGCCUAGAGAAUGUAGCCAUUGGGCCAGUCCAGAACCCGGAUAAAUACAAGGUUUUGUCAGGAAGGGAAAAAUCUCUAACAAACCAUAUAUAUGAACCAGUGAAAGCUGGUGCACUCUGGUGACUUUUGGUGAGUCAUAAAGUGUUGACUUUGGCUCUUGUACAAGUCUCCUUUCUAAGACCAUGUCAAGUAUUGGAAUUCUUAAUUUGUACUUUUAUUUAACCAAUAUUUAACCAAAGAAGUCCCAAGGAAAUUCCCAUAUCCAAUUUUCAAGGGGGUCAUGGCCAGGAAGCAGAUCACAACACAACCCGAGACAUGAGAAAAAUCAUCCUGAUCAUGAUAUGUGACAGAUUAUUAUCACAGAUCUAUGCUCCAGUCUUCUCUGAUCUGAUCUGGCUCUCAGUUACCUAUAGAAUUGCUUUUAUCAUGCCACUACUAGUUUUAAAAUUAUAAACUAGUAGUGAUCUAAAAUGCAUUUCUAGUUACCUGGCAGAACUUUGAGAUUUGCAGAAACGGUAGAGCUUUGGCUCAGAACAAGAAGAGUGAAACUGCUCUUGGAUAAUAUACUGAACACAGAUGGAACCAGCUUACAAAUCUUAAAAACUUAAAGCUUAAAAACUUGCUCUGUCUAACCAGUAUAUUUGCACGUGGCACCCAACUGGAUGUAACAUUUAGGUAAUAAAACUCUCAAUACGUAUUCUCCUCAUCAAAUAAAACAUGCACU